UGAGGAAGCUGAGCUUCUUGCUCUUCGUACGGCAGCCGAGCUGCCUGCAGCCAUGGCCUUGGCCAGAGAUGCCAAGCUGGAGUCGGACACCUUUCAGGUGCUUCAGGACGUGGCCAAUCGCCUGCGAAUCCACUCAAUCAGGGCCACGUGUGCCUGCAGCUCCGGACAUCCCACGUCGUGCUGUAGUGUGGCAGAGAUCAUGGCUGUGCUCUUCUUCCAUACCAUGAGGUACAAACAGGCAGACCCAGAACACCCGGACAAUGACCGCUUUGUCCUCUCCAAGGGCCACGCCGCGCCCAUCCUCUAUGCGGUUUGGGUGGAGGUGGGCCGUAUCUGUGAAUCGGACUUGCUGAACUUGCGAAAAAUUCACUGCGACCUGGAGGGUCAUCCCACCCCACGACUGUCGUUUGUUGAUGUGGCAACAGGGUCCCUUGGGCAAGGACUGGGUGCUGCCUGUGGAAUGGCUUACACCGGCAAAUACUUUGACAAGGCCAGCUACCGCGUGUUCUGCCUCAUGGGGGAUGGUGAGUCCUCGGAAGGUUCUGUCUGGGAGGCCUUGGCCUUUGCUUCCCACUACAACUUGGACAAUCUCGUGGCAAUCUUUGACGUGAACCGCUUGGGACAAAGCGGCACAGCACCCCUAGAGCACUGUACAGCCGUUUAUGAGAAGCGCUGCCAAGCGUUUGGGUGGAAUACUUACGUGGUGGAUGGUCAUGAUGUUGAAGCUCUCUGCCAGGCCUUUUGGAAAGCAGCUCAAGUCAAGAAUAAGCCUACUGCCCUGAUUGCCAAGACCUUCAAGGGUAGAGGUAUUCCAAAUGUCGAGGAUGCGGAAAAUUGGCAUGGAAAGCCUAUGCCAAAAGACAGAGCUGAUGGGAUUGUCAAAUUAAUUGAGAAUCGGAUACAGACAAACCGAAAUCUCACACCGAAACCCCCCAUUGAAGACUCGCCCAGGAUCAGCAUGUCCAAUACAAAAAUGACCUCUCUGCCUGUCUACAAACUGGGAGACAUGAUAGCUACUCGUGAAGCAUACGGCUUGGCUCUGGCUAAAUUGGGCCAAUCUAACCAAAGAGUUAUCGUUCUAGAUGGCGACACAAAAAACUCUACCUUUUCAGAAGUAUUCAAGAAAGAGCACCCUGAGCGUUUCAUAGAGUGCUUUAUCGCUGAGCAAAACAUGGUAAGUGUGGCCCUGGGGUGUGCCACACGAGGACGAACUAUUGCUUUCGUUAGUACCUUUGCUGCCUUCCUGACCCGAGCCUUUGAUCAGAUCCGAAUGGGAGCCAUCUCUCAAACCAACAUCAACUUCGUUGGUUCCCACUGCGGGGUGUCUGUUGGAGAAGACGGACCUUCCCAGAUGGCCCUGGAGGACCUAGCCAUGUUCAGAAGCAUCCCCAACUGCACUGUUUUCUAUCCAAGUGAUGCUGUCUCGACAGAACACGCUGUUUAUCUGGCAGCCAACACGAAGGGAAUGUGCUUCAUUCGUACCACUCGGCCAAAAACAGCAGUUAUUUAUACAGCUGAAGAAAACUUUGUGAUUGGACAGGCCAAGGUGAUCCGCCAGAGUGCAGUCGACAAGGUGACAGUUAUUGGAGCAGGGGUUACUCUGCAUGAAGCCUUAGUAGCUGCUGAGGAGCUUUCUCAACAAGGGAUUUUUAUUCGUGUCAUUGACCUGUUCACUAUCAAACCUCUGGAUGCUGUCACCAUUAUCCAAAGUGCCAAAGCCACAGGUGGCCAGAUCAUCACUGUGGAAGAUCACUACCGAGAAGGUGGCAUUGGUGAAGCUGUGUGUGCAGCCAUCUCUAGAGAGCCUGACAUAGUCGUUCGUCAACUUGCAGUAACAGAAGUACCUCGAAGCGGGAAACCUAGCGAGCUACUGGAUAUGUUUGGAAUCAGUGCCAGACACAUUAUAGCAGCUGUGAAAGAUACCGUAAUGAAAUGAAAUUGCCCAGGCUUCAUACAUCAAGGCCUGAGCAGUUGGUUUUCCAGCAGGGUGGAGAUAUGACAGGAUAAAACACCAACCUGAGAGUUGGAAACACGGAGUCCUGGUGUUUCUGCACUGCCCCACACUCUAAUCUCUACUUUCAAGAUAACCACUCCUCUUUGCAUGACAUUCUUAAAUAAUUUAGAAAAAAAUAGUUGAUAUAAGAACGUUGUAAAUAUUAGAAUGGGUAGAUAUGGAGAACAUUUGUCACCUCGAUUUCUUGCCUGCAGUGAUCUGUAGCUAUGGGCCUGCUAAUAGUCCCACCUGAACCUAGUAACAUCAGAUGUCACAUUUCCCCAUGAGUGGGGUGCUAUUGCAGGAUUAAGUCUCUUCCUUAUGCUUUCUUGCUUCAUGGGGAUACAUGGUUGAUUUACAAACUGUGAACUAGACAAAAAUAUCAAAACAAAAGUUCAUUGGUUUCUUCAGCUUUUAUUAUUUGGAAAUGUGGGAGGUCUAUUUUCCCAAAUAUGCAAAAACAUGUGUUUAAUAGUGGCAGUACAUCUGAAAAUUUAAAUGUCUAAUGGAAUCUUGGAGACUGCUAGAUAAUGCUUUAUAAAAUGAGAUUGGGGGUGAGAUUUACCAUAUGCUCAGCAUUUCUUAAGUGAGAGAGAGUGUGUGUCUUGUUCAGUUUUGCUACACAAUGAGUGCUCUGAAGAAUUGAGUCCGUCCUGACUAGUGUAACCACUCACUGUUAAAAUUGAAGACACUAAGGCUUUUCACUUCUGUUUUUGUUGCUGUUGUUGUUAUUGUUCAUAAAAUGAUCAAAACAUUUUCUCUGUUUUUCAUGAAAUCCACUUUAACAACUUUUAAUGGAUUAAAUUAUUCUUCAGACAGAUCUUGCUGUGGUAGCUUGGGAUGGCCUCAAACUUGCGUUCAUCCACUGGCUUCUAUCUCCCCAGUACCGACAUGAAAGGAGUAUGUAUCAUGCCCUGUUGAAGAUACAGUUUUGUUAAGCAACAAAACAUGGCAGUGAUUUAGUGUUGAUAUUCUGUUCAAGGUUGUGCCUAGAAGCUCUUUUCGAUAUCAGGAGAGCUUAGUGAUAGUUCAGGGAUGGCUGUCCCCUCACAAUUGCCUUGCUUGUGAUUGCAGUAGAAAGGCCAGUGUGAAAAUGACACUCAUUCCAGUCAACGUAUGACUUCUUGAGUUGUGUGGGUAGUAAAAGAAUAAGGGUGAAUGUUUUAGUUUGCCUUAAGUACAUUGAAAAGGUUAUUUAAAUAAAAGUUCAAUUGAGGCAUCUAUUUGGGAAAAAGAGCCUUUUCAAGAUAGGGCAAAAGACAUGGCAUUUAUGUCAAGAUACCAGUGCUGGUCCUGGUUCCUAGGGCCUGUAGUCCUGGCUAACUUGGAAAGCAUAUAUAAAACACUUAAAAAAUAAACUUACAUGCCAUAAGUUUCGAUGAAAAAGACAAGCACAUAUGUAUUUUAAAGGAAAUUGCGCCAAUACCUAAUACUAUGUCCUUAUUUCAUAUGAUUAGAAUAGAGCAGAACUUUUGAAGUAUGUAUUUUAUUAUCCUCACCUUUACAUGGGAUAAUGAGAUUUACCCUUAGAAAAUGGAACUUGUCUAUUUGCUUCAAAACUUAUUUCAAGAUUCUCUUUGUUCACUUAUAUUCGACAUUUCCAUGUUUUCCUAUUUAAAGUGGGUAAAUUUAAACUCAUUACUGUUCAGCACAAGUUUUAAAAAUCUAGUGUAAAUACCCAGGAAAGAAAAAUUGUAGCAAUACAUUAACAGUGUGGCCUCAUUAACAAAGUGGCCAGACUCUGAAAGAAUAAAAGCACAUGGGAACUGUCAGAAAAGCACACAGGCCAAAUAAAUAUAUGUGCACACACACCAUCAGUUCAUUGGGUUGAUGUUUAAUCCUAGAUUCAAUUGUGUUGAGAGCUGGGGACUUUAGGUGAUGUGUCCAGACGCUGAGAUUUGUGUCUUAAAGUCACCACAGGCCUGUAUGCUAAAGAUGAGUUGACAGUCAAUAGCGUAAUAAGCAUUUAGAAGCCUCUUUUCAUAAAAAGCACCAACUCUUCACUUGGACCCACAAGGUAAAUAUGUGAAGGUAGAAAGUCUGUCAGGUCUUCCUUCAUUUGGUCUCUGUCUUCUUGGCUGAGAUUCCAUCUUGAGUCUGCCUAAUAUCAUCUGUUCUCAAGGCUAAAGGGACAGAGAUAAGUCAUUAUCCUUAGUCUUUCUCCACAGUCCCGGGGUAAUAGACGCAUACAAGCAGCUCCCUUUGGAAUGAAUUCAUGUCUACCUUAUUGUGACAGUGAUUCAACCACAGCUAUAGACAUGUAGUUUCCCUUACUCAUGUGCCACCAAUAGACUGUUAUAUUUCUGGUCACUUUUUAUGGUACAUACUUCUUCCAAGCAGCUUCUGGACAUAAGCAAAUCUCCCUUCAAUAUGUUGUGAAGGUUACUGUAUAAGUAGAGCACUUAAAAAUAGUCACUAGGGGCUAGAGAAGUUACUCUGUGGUUCAGAGUACUUGUUGCUUGUGCAGUGGACCAGGGUUCAGUUCCCAGCAGCCACAUGAUGGUUUGCAACUAGCAAUUACUCCAGUUCCAGGGGUUCUGAUGCCGCCUUUUUACCUCUACAGGCAUCACACACACACACAAACAUACAUGCAGGCAAAACAUGAAUACACACAGAGAAAAUAAAUCUUUAUAAAAAUGUAAAAGACAGCCACUAGUAUAUUUGUUGUAAGCCUUAAAUGUAUUUUGGUUCAAUAUCUUUUCAUAAUUUCCUCAAAUUGGAUAAAAACCUCUCUUUUCUGUCCGAAGUCUUAAGAGCAGGUACAGGUCAAAAUGUACCCUUAUUGCUGUUCAGGGCACAGUGCCCUGGAUGCUUGAGAGCUCUCUCCCUUAGUCAGAAUUAAUCUAUCCUCAUAUUUUAUAUGUCCUAAUUUCAUUAAGGACAUUAAAUAUGGUGUAAUGUUCAAUUUUAAAGGUAAAUUAAUAGGACAGAAGCACACCCUGAAAAUGAUCAAUAGAUGAAACCUCAAAUUUUCUGGGAGUAUGUGAGGAAAAUAUUUUUAAAAGCACUGACUUAGUUAAUUAGGACCCAUUGUAUCAGGGAACUACUGGCACGAGGAAAGAGUGUAGUCCUUCAAGAUCAUCAGCUUUAGUUUCUCCUUUUUUCCCCUUAACAUUGAACCUGAAUUUGAAACCACAUCUUUUUGGACAGUCUGUGUGGGGAUGAGGCUGACUGUGGAUGUAUUUAUUCGGUGAUUUUUAGAACUGAACUAAUGAACGUAAAGGUAUAUUCUCUAUUGUCCCAGAGACUGUGAUCCGUGUGAAGUGCUAGUCAUUUGUGUGGUUUCUAUUUGCAUAAUUCAAGCUCAAAUUAAUUAAGAAACUGAAAGUCACUCAGAAAAAGACUAUGUGUUCAUAUUUGGGCCACUGUUUAUCUGUCUUUGGGGUUUCUUGACCUGUGGUUGAAAUGGUAUGAAAUAGUAUGAUUGCAAACUAUCUGUGCAUGUACCUGUUUGCAUGCCUAUUACUUAGAAAAACACUUAGUUUUUAUCACAUAAGUAAUAAAUGUAUCUAAGAGGAAUCCUCCUAAAUUGCAAUGUAUUUCAUUAAAGUGAAAAAAAAACACUUCCUUUUGAUAGACUAGUAACAACAAAUAUGAAAUUAUAAAUCAAAUACUGCUAAUAUUUUAGGAAAUGUUUUUUAUAGUUUAAAAUAUCUCAAAUUUACAUUCUUAUGAGAGAUUAACCAAUCUUUAUUCUAAACUUUUGAGAAUAGAAUUUUAUUAAUUCCAAUAUUUGAAAUAUUUCAUACCUUGUGGAAUUCUGUAGAUACUUUCCAUCAUUAUCAAAGGAAAGACAUAGAACGUAUUCUUCCUGUCUUCACAUAUUUUGCAGCAUGUUGAACAAUCUCUGUCUAAUAACACUGGGCAACAAUGACAUAUUGUUGCUAAUAGUGAUAUAAUUUAUCAUCAUCACCGUCAUCACCCACCAGCAUCAUCAGACAUAGAAUCUGACCUAUCCCUUCCAGGCUGCCCCCAGUGCCCUCCCACUUCUGAUUGUCCUGCCUCUAACUGCCAAGCACUGGGAUUACAGGGCUGCUGUAACAGGCCUGUCUUAUGCAGACACAGAGAUCAGACCUGGAGCUUGCUGCGUGCUAGACAAACAUUCUGCCAACUGAGUGGCAUCCUCACACAUGUUAUCUAAAGGUGUCCACUGCCCAUAAUAGAGCUGUGUUCCAGGAGUUCUCCAGUGCAGAGCUAUAGCAGGUCACUUUUGGAAUUGUAUUCUUAAAUGUGUUUAUAAAAAUGCCAAAAUCUAGCCCCUGUUCUGGACUGACUUGCUCUGGUUUCUUUUGUGUUGUUGAUCUAAAACAGUAAGCCUCAUAGUUACUUUGUUAUUUAUUUGAACUCUCUUAAUAAAAUUGUGUUCAGACAGUUG